AGAAAACAAGGGAAGUACUUGUGAUAGGUGAAACUAUCUGAUGUUCCGUUUACUACAUGUAAAAAUAUACUUCAGCAUUUCGCAUAUUAUAUUAGUGAACUAUACGUAACGCUUAAAUGAUUUCAAGUAAAUUAUCCUAUAACUGUAAUGAUGCAUGAUGCAAAUCUGGUAAGAUGUGUAAAGAAAACAUAGAAAAUAGCAGUUUACUUUAUGGAUUGUAUAUUUUUCUCAAAGACUUUGCCGAAAUAAUAAAUUGAUGAUGUGAACACAGAGCACAUCACAUAUCAGCAGCCGAGAGGAUAGAUAAUAAAGUUCCAAGUGUAAAGAAAUAUUAUGGAGGGGAAGGAUAAACCACGAUUUACAAGGUUUAACAAAUGGCUGAUUUUAGUAGUUACUACUUUAGUAAUGAUGGUCGACUUUGCACUGUUGUUUUCAUUAGGAGCUCUAUACAUAGACAUUAUGGAAACAUAUGAAACGGACAGAGCCACGGCGGCGGUAGUACAGUCCUUGAUGACCGGUGUCACCCUAGGCUUUGGUGUGUUUAGUGGAGCACUUAUCUCAACACUUGGCCUGCAUGGUGUUACAUUGACAGCUAGCGUUCUUGUACCAUUGGGUUUUAUUUCAUCGUUUUUUGCCACCAGUAUACACGUUCUUUACAUCACCAUUGGGAUCACAUCAGCGAUUGGGACAUCACUGUCACACGUUAGUUGUGUAACAGUUGUAGGGAGAGUGUUUAAAGGCCGUCAUCAAAUUAUGAGCAUUACAAUAUUAAACACCGCCGUUGGUUUCGCUUCACUUGGCUAUCCAUAUCUUCUGUCGUGGUUGUCUGAUAUAUUCGGACUUCAAGGAACAUUUCUUAUACUUGGAGGUAUCACAAGCAAUACAUUUAUCUUGUGUAUUGUUUGUUUUAUCAAUCGAAAAGCUCUUUCUGAUGGACCACUUGAUCAUAGCAAAGGGUCAGAAAAUGAUUUCAAUGCCGAAACUACCAGAACUAAUCCAAUUAGGACCAUAACGGAUGAAAAAGAACAUCUUAUCGAUACUCCAGACGGAGACGAAUAUGAUACAUCCCUUAAUUUGAAACAUAUUGGAGUAUCAGAAACGAGGUUUAUUGCAGAAACAUAUGAUAAUAUUAAAUAUAAUUCUAAAAAUAACGAUGAUGAAAGAACUGAAGUAGACAUAAUUGAUGACAGAGAAGAUGAAUUAGCAUUAGAGGAUAACAAUGGUGAAAAGGUGUUUAAAGAAGAUCCUACAAUUUGUAUAAAACAUAUCGAGUUUGAAAAUAACGAUCAAAAAGAAAUUCCAGAGAAAAAUAUUGUCGCUGAUAAAAAGGAAGGUACAGUCAAAAAUAAAUCAACGCCUGUAGCAAAUGAAACGCAAGCAGCUAAGUUAGAAACGACAAAAUAUACUAAAGUAACUAAAUUGAAACGACAUUUUGAAACAGUCCACUGUCUCUUAAAAGAAAUAAUGACCAAACCAUACGUUUGUUUAGUUUUAGCAUUCGCCUUCGGAAACAUUAGUUUAAAUGGUUAUCUAGGAGUAAAAUUAGACAUUGCUAUGUGGAAAGGGUUGAGUGAGUCCGAAGGGCUAUCAUCAUUUCUAGCAUUCAAUUGCUCAAAUAUUGUUAGUAGAUUUAUUCCUGGACUUUUGAAAGAACGAAAAGGGAUUAAUUCCUUUGUGUAUCCAGUGAUCUCCGCAGUUUCUGGAUUUUGCGGACAGUUACUGAUUUAUUUCUCCGGACAGAUAUCAGUUUAUAUGAUUGGAGUAUGCCUUUGUGGUAUAGCGUUCGGUGGUAUCGUGUCUUCUUCAAUCAAUGCAACAGUUAGAAUCGUGAGUCUAGAGCAAGUGCCUAUAGCAGUGGGAUUUCUUAUCUCAGUCAAUGGUAUUCUAAUUGUGGGUGUUGGUCCCCUGUUCGGUGCUGUUAGAGACAUUUCCGGUUCGUAUGGCAGUGUUAUCAUGACAAUAUGUUCUGCCCAAGCUGCCGCAGCAAUAUUUUAUCUAGCUGCAAUGUUUUUACGAAAGCAACGAUCGAAGGAAGUGGCUAAUCAAACGCACACUGUAGAUUAAGCCAAACAAGACAUCAUCUACGAAGGAAGUGGUUAAUUAAAUGCACACUGUAGAUUAAGCCAAACAAGACAUUAUCUUUACGAAAGCAAACGAAGGAAGUGGUUAAUCAAACGCACACUGUAGAUUAAGCCAAACAAGACAUUAUCUUUCAUGUUCACACUAUAGAGGCUGAAAUGUUUACAGAAAAAGUGAAUGUUAAAUAACAAUGUAAUGAAAUCCAUGUGCUUCCAUUGUAUUUUAUGUAUUGUAUUAUUUGCUGUAACUAUGUUUAUAUACUUACUAUGUGUUAUGGAAUUAAUAUAUUGAAUUGAAUUGAAAUUCUCAAGGUCUAUACAAGAAUAAGAUCGAGUUACAAGCAACCGCACGGUAAGCUCAAAGGUAAAGCGUUGUACUGUGGAUCGGACGAUGCAGGUUCGAUUUCCGGAUGGUGCAAGUCACUUUCGAUGUAAUUGAUUAUAAAAUCCUUUCUACGGUCAUUUGCACUGUUCCUCUGCUCUGGCAUGUAGGGAAAUUAUCAGUUCCUUGCCUAAGAGAAGACAAUUAGUACUGGUAAACAGCUAUGACAGCUUGCCCAGGAACUAAGAGGUGGCUGAACUGUUCUCUGUUGAAUUCAAAAUGGCAGACUGCCGUGAUUCAGAGGUUAAACUAUCAACACCACCACCACCACCACGUAAACAUA